CUUACUACAUUCUAUAACUUCACAUCAAUUCAAAGCUAAUACAUGAAAAUUUUGUCUCCUUUCUUCUCGUCUAUCGCGCACCGUUGACGUAUUCGUAUCAGUUGUAUCCGCCAGCUUGCCAGUGCCAGAACAAAACGUGAAGCACAGGACACAGGACAAAUUAAAAUAAAAUUAUACACGACCGAGGAAGAGUUGGAGAAAUUUUGAUAAAACCACUCGAUAUAAUAAUGGAAGACUUGCUGUCUUAUUUUAGCGAAGUGACUGGAGUAGAUAACGAAAGAGCUAGAUUUCACCUUGACGCGGCCAACUGGGACCUUCAGGUUGCUCUUGCCAAUUUUUUUGAAUGCAACGAGCCAUCGCCUGCCCUGGAUGAAUUGGCAAGUGCAGCUGCGGCUGCUACAGCUGUUGAUCCUGAUGGGACAGGAAAAAAAGAAGGAAAACAAAGCAGCGAGGAAGAAGAGAUGGGCAAAAGUUCAAUUACUGUGGGAACAACUCUGGCAAAAGAGAACACAGGAGCAUGUUCCCGACCAAAAGAUAAAAAAAGUAGUGCAGAUUCAAAACCCAGAUCAAACGUACACUUUGGUACAAUAGAUCGGUUACAAAACAAAGAAAGCAGCUCCGAUGAAGAAGGCCAAGCAUUUUAUGCCGGUGGUUCGAAGCACAGUGGUCAGCAAGUAUUGGGACCAAGCAAGAAAAAGGACAUAAUUAAUGAAAUGUUCAAAUCUUGCCAAGGACAAGCCAUUGCUGUUUCAGAAGAUCGUCCAGCAGGACAACAUCGUAAUCGGCCCAAUACGUUUGGCGGAACUGGGUACAAACUCGGUCAAACAAAUAGUGACACCGAAGUUGUUAGUGGAGAAUCGUCAUCGACACGAAGUCCGGGUUCUGAGUCUGGCACAGGAGGAUCAGGUCUGCGACGCAAUACCGCUGGUGUGAUAAUGCUGAAACUAUGGAGAGAUGGAUUUACCAUAAACGAUCGUGAGAUCAGAUCGUACAGCGAACCGGAAAAUCGGGAAUUCCUAGCAGCGAUAAAGCGCGGUGAAAUACCCCAGGAAAUUCGGGAGGAGGUGCAAGGCGCCGAAGUCCGCCUCGACAUGGAGGACCAUCGCCAUGAGGAGUACGUGCCGUCGAAACCAAAGGUCAAGGCGUUUACAGGCAGAGGACACAAGCUCGGAAGUCCUUCACCGGCGACCGUGGGCAUGACAAUGCCGACCGAUCCCGCUGAUCAAGCGGCCAAUGAGUCUCAAGCUAGAAGUAUGCUCAAUGUUGAUUCUUCGAGACCCGUUACGAGUAUUCAAAUUCGUCUAGCCGAUGGCAACAACAUCCGACAAGAAUUUAAUACGAGUCACACCGUCGGAGACGUCAGGAGAUUCAUUACAACGAUGAGGCCUCAAUACUCGCUGCAAGAAUUUACUCUGUUGACGACCUAUCCCAGCCGAGAGUUAGCCAGUGAAGAGGAAACAAUCGAACACGCGGGUUUGCAGAAUUCGGCCAUAAUGCAACGUCUCAAAUAAUUCUUACGACUAAACAAAUGAAUGUUGAUUUAUUAUUAUGAUUUUCGUACAUCAUCUCCUCAUGCUUAUCGGCAAUUCAACUCAUCGCUGCUCCGAUAUCGCAAUAAAUUUACAUACCAAAAAUCGUAUAAAAGUUUUCGCAAUUGCACAGUCGCGGAGAGACAAAGCAAUUAUUUCGUCACGCCAACACACCGCAAAAGUGUGCACGACGCGAUACUCUGGCACUUUGAUGAUCUAUUUAUUCUUAUUUUAUACUCUUGUAUAAGAAUUGUUCUAUCUAGAAAAUACACAUAAAAAUUGCAAGGAA